AUGAAUAAUCUUUAUUAAUUUGACAGAUCAUUAUUGACAAUAGAUAUCCCAGGGGCUUAACCUAGAAAGAAAUCAAUAUAAUUGAAUAAAAUUGAGAGUUUAGAUAUCAAAUAAACUAGACAAUUAAAAUUAUAGUAACAGUCUGUUAUUAAUUAUACUAUCUUUUAGAUUAAAUAUUGCUCAAUAAAAUCAACAGUAUGGAAGAAGAAGAUAUCAACAUGAUUUUCAUCAUUUUUGCAAUAGUUUUGUUCCUUAGGGUGAAAACUAUUUUGAUGGAUCCUAAAAAAAACAUUAUAAUCUACAGGAAGGAGAAAUAAAGUAAAUGAGAGCCCUUGAAAACAUCUAUGAUUAACCUAAGUAUUUUUAUAUUAAAUGAUGAAAUUUAUAAGGUGACAGAUUAUUAACUACAAAUGAUAUUGAUGGAGCAAUGCCAGGAUCUUUAUAAAGUAAGGUGGUUAAGAAUAUGGAAAAGGCAUAAAAAAUGAGAUUAGAAAGAGAAUCUCAAAGAGCUCUAAAUAAUGAAGUGCUCUAUUUAAGACCAAUAAUGGAUUCUAGAUUAUAAAAUGAAAAAUAACCAGCAAGAACAAAGUCGUUUUCUAUGCAAUAAACUCCUUAAAAUCCACCAAUUGAGAACUGGCAAAAUGAAAUUAAUAACUUAAAACAACUCAACGAAUUUUAGAAAUUACCAAGAAUUGGAGAAAAUUUACCAAGUAUUUAAAAUAGAGUUCAUAAAUAACACAGUUUUAUAGAAGGAUUUGAUAGAGAAUAAUCAAUUUUAUAGAAAUGUUAACCUAUGAAAGUUUUUUUAUGA